AUGUCGUCGUUCAAAAGGCGGGUCAACCCAGCUUCGGGUUCCACAGCCUCCCUACCCUUACCUGCAGGUGUCAAGCCGUCUUCGUUCUCCUCACCCGUCCCACUCAUCUCCACCGGCGUACCCGCUCUCGACGACCUGCUCUCUGGCGGCGGCCUCUCUUCCAGCUCCAAUCUGCUUCUCAUUCCAGCUACCGGCACAGCUGCACAGUCAGCAGCACAGAUCGGCGCGUCAAGCUCGACAACCGCAGCAUCAGCAGAGACGGAUCAUGCAGCUAGAGCGGCAGCAGAACCGUACGUCGAACUGCUCCUGGGGUAUUCCGUAGCGCAAGGCAUUGCAGCGGACCAUGUGGGUGUGGUGAUCGCUGAGGACGCCAAGGGGCUGGUGAACGGUCUCAUGGCCAGGGCGGGAGACUUGGACGAACAGCUGUUGAAGAGGAUAGGUGCCAGCUCGGCGAGUGCGAGAGUGGGGCAAGAGGAGGACGCUGUUGGGCCGUCGGAGAGUCUCAACACGGUCACAGAUGAUGAUGAAGCUGAAGGCCCGGACGCGUCAUCACCCGGAAGCACAGAGGGUAAUACGGAGGGAAAGGCAAGCGCUGCACAGAGGGAAAGGGAGAUGAAGAUCGCUUGGAGGUAUCACAGCAUGAAGCAGUUCAACACCACGGUCAACGAGCCUGGCAGCAGCAGCUCGAGCUCAGAGCCGACACCUUUCUGUCAGACUUUCGACCUCAGCAGACGCAUCGACACCCGCAUCGUUCAGCACGCUGUCGAACAGAAGAAGCUUGAACUGGUCGAUAUUCCGACAGUAGCGGCGAAUUUAUCCAGCUCUCGAGGAAUCAACUCUUACGAGGUUGCGUUCAAGCACAUUGAAGCAAGUGCUCAACGAUGUCGCCAGCAAGUACAGGCCGCUUCCUCCACCACCGCACCUCCCGUCCUGCGCAUUGCGAUCCGCGCACUCGGAUCACCGGCUUGGACCGUGGCACGUGGUCAAUCUCAAGAAACCGAAAUCAUCCGCUUCCUACAUCGACUCAAGCGACUCCUUCGAUCCCUAUCUUUCCCCGAUACUUCACUGGCCUCGACCUCACAGUCGCGCAUACCAAUUCCAUCCAUGGCAGUCAUCAGCAUCUCCUCGUUCCUCCUCUCCACCAGCACCUCACCGACCAACCUCCCCCACCGCAUGGUGCAUAGCGUCGACUCGGCCGUCUCCAUGAGCGCCUUCGCCUCCUCUCCAUCCCUUCGAUCCGCAUUCACAGCCUACACCGGAGCCUUGAAGGUGCUCAAGACGCCAGCAGUGGGGACGCUGACCAACCCAUCGAUCCGAUCCUCCGUGCUACGGGGCAUGGGAACGGGUGCUGGUGCAGGUGCAGGGGGCAAAAGCACAGCGGGUGGUGGGGAGGGCGGUGCAGGAGGAGGGGAGAACAACUUGGCGUUCAAAGUGAGGAGGAAGAGGUUGGUGAUAGAGACGUUGCAUUUGGAUGUGGAAGGUGGGGUCAGCGAGAGGAGGACGAAGCCGCCGAAGAACGGUGAGGUUGUGGAAAAGGGGGGUAGGGGUGCGACUGCAAGCCAGUCGGAAGGAUCUACGGUGGCAACAGAGGACAAGAAGCCGCAGAAGACGAUAGCGGGUGCGACAGGCGGCUCGUCGUUUGUUCGAAGGCAGCCAAGUGCCUCUGACCCGCCAACAGCGACAGGGUCGACGUCAGGCCCGGCAGCAACAACGCCGAAAAAGUUUGGCGGAUUGUCGUCGCUACGACAGCGUGGUCUGGCUGCUGCUGCCGCAGCCACAGGUGCUCAGACCGGACAGCCCGGUCCCACGCAAAAAGAGUACUCGGUAGAAAUCGAUUCACAAGCUCAGCACCACGGACACUCCCAUAGCCACAAACCAAAGACCGCCGGUCCAGCCAUCAACAGAGCCGCUAAUGCACGAGCAGAGGAUCUCGAAUUCUAG